AUUUAUUGAAUUCGAAGAGAACACAGACAGAGAGAGAGAAAGAGGAGUGAAAAGGUGAUGGUUUUUGGAGCUUCUGCAACGUCUUGCUUUUUAAGAGCCACCUAAUUCCGAAUAUCUCAGCCCAACCAGCCACCACCAUUGCCUCCGCCACCUCUAACUCCACCUCCGCCGUCACACCUUUUCUUAUAAAAUCCCAAUCCCUAUAUCUCACCAUUCUCUCAUUGCAGCAGAAUCAGCUCCUCGCAUUUUUUCAUUUUUUUCCGGUGUCCGUACUUUUCAAUGGACCGACGCUGGCCAUGGAAGAAAAAAUCGUCGGACAAGGCUGUGAUGGAGAAAGCAGCUGCAGAAUUGGACUCUGCUGCGGAUGCUGCCAAUCAGAAGCCGAGCUACGUCCAAAUAUCAGUAGAGUCAUAUUCUCAUCUGACUGGUUUGGAGGAUCAAGUGAAGGCAUAUGAAGAAAAAGUUCAGACACUGGAGGAUGAUAUCAACAAAUUAAAUGAAAAACUGUCUGCAGCUAAUUCGGAGAUAAAUACAAAGGAAAGCCUGGUAAAACAGCAUGCUAAAGUAGCAGAAGAGGCUGUCUCAGGCUGGGAAAAGGCUGAAGCAGAAGCUUUGGCUUUGAAGAACCAUCUGGAGUCUGUCACUCUUGCAAAACUCACUGCUGAGGAUCAGGCAUCACAGUUAGAUGGUGCGCUUAAAGAGUGUAUGCGACAGAUAAGAAACCUAAAGGAAGAACAUGAACAGAAAUUACAGGAAGUUGCUCUCACAAAAACCAAGCAAUUGGACAAGAUUAAGGGUGAGCUGGAGGCAAAGAUAGCAAGCUUUGAACAGGAACUCCUCAGGUCUGCUUCCGACAAUGCGGCUCUGUCAAGGUCCUUGCAAGAGCGUUCUAACAUGAUAAUCAAUUUAAGGGAAGAAAAAGCUCACGCUGAGGCUGAAAUUGAGCUUCUUAAGGGCAACAUUGAAUCAUGUGAAAGAGAAAUCAAUUCACUCAAAUAUGAGGUUCAUGUUAUUGCCAAAGAGCUAGAGAUUCGCAAUGAAGAAAAGAAUAUGAGCAUGAGGUCUGCAGAAGCUGCUAACAAGCAGCACAUGGAGGGUGUUAAAAAAAUUGCUAAAUUGGAAGCAGAGUGCCAAAGAUUACGUGGUCUUGUGCGGAAGAAGUUACCUGGUCCAGCUGCACUUGCACAAAUGAAGCUAGAAGUCGAAAGUCUUGGUCGAGAAUACGGAGAAACUCGAUUAAGGAAGUCUCCUGUCAAACCUCCUGGUUCUCACAUGUCUCCUAUGCCUGGGUUUUCCCUAGAUAAUGCUCAGAAAUUCCACAAAGAUAAUGAAUUUCUUACUGAGCGUUUGCUGGCAAUGGAAGAAGAAACAAAGAUGCUGAAAGAAGCUUUGGCAAAACGUAAUAGUGAACUGCAGGCUUCAAGGAGUAUGUUUGCGAAAACUUUGAGCAAACUUCAAAGUUUGGAAGCACAGGUUCAGACAAGUAAUCAGCAGAAGGGAUCUCCUAAAUCCAUCAUAAAUGAAAGCAUUUACAGUCAAAAUGCAAGCAAUGCACCAAGCUUCAUCUCCAUGUCUGAAGAUGGAAAUGAUGAUGUGGGAAGUUGUGCCGAGUCUUGGUCUACAGCAAUUCUCUCUGAUCUUUCCCAAUUCCCUAAAGGAAAGAAUACUGAGGAAUUGAGCAUAUCUGAUACCACUAAGAAGUUGGAACUAAUGGAUGACUUUCUGGAGGUGGAGAAGUUGGCUCGAUUAUCAAAUGACUGCGGUGAAGUUUCAGGUACUUCAAACAAUAUAGCAAACGAAGCUGUGACCGAUGAAAUAUCAGAAGUCAGCACUGGGAAAGAUGUUCCCUCUGACUCCCAAGAGAAUAGUGAUCCAAAUCCACUGCCAAGUGAGGUGUCUUCUGCUGAGGAGAUAUCAGCACCUGAUCCCCAAUCUGAUGUUCCUAGCUUGUCGCUAGCAGAGCUUCAAUCAAGAAUAUUAUCAGUUUUCGAGUCCAUGGCUAAGGAUGCUGAUAUGGAGAAGAUAUUGAAGGAUAUUAAACACGUUCUUGAAGAUGCAUAUGGCGUUUCAAUCCAGGACUCUGUAUCUGCCGUUCCCCAUGAUGUCACGCCUUCUGAUAUUACGUGUGAUAAGCAGGGUAACGCUGAAGAUGUUGCCUUAAAUGCGGAGAAAAAAGUUAUUUCAUCCCAGCAACCUCCAGAGUAUGUUCAGAUAACUACGGAUCUAGAAGCCGCAAUGUCUCAAAUUCAUGACUUUGUAUUGCUCCUCGCCAAAGAAGCAAUGGCAGCGCAUGAUAUAUCUUCUGAUGGAGAUGGAAUAAGCCAAAAGAUGCAGGAGUUCUCUGUUACUUUUAACCAGGUUACCUCCAAUGAAGAAAAAUUGCCACAGUUUGUUCUGGACCUGUCUAGUGUUCUAGCCAAAGCAAGUGAAUUCAGAUUUAAUAUUCUCGGUUACAAGGGUACGGAAGCAGAAACCAACAGUCCUGAUUGCAUAGAUAAGAUUGCUCUGCCAGAAAAUAAGUUAGUUCAAGACGAUUCAUCUGGGGAGAGAUAUCAAAAUGGUCACUCCCAUAUUCUUAAUCCCUGUUCCGAUCCUGAAAUUCCUGAUGAUGGAAAUUUGGCCUCAGGCUAUGAAUCAAAUGCCACGCAGAAGUUCUCAAUGGAGGAGUUUGAAGAAUUGAGGUUAGAGAAAGAGAAGGCUAUUGCGGAUCUGUCAAAAUGUGCUGAAAAUCUUGAACAGACAAAGUCUCGGUUACUAGAGACAGAGCAACAUCUAGCUGAAGUUAAAUCACAGAUGGCUUCUGCUCAAAGAGCAAAUAGCUUAGCUGAGACACAGCUAAAAUGUAUGACAGAAUCGUACAGGUCAAUUGAAACACGUGCAAGGGAGUUUGAGACUGAGCUUAUUCAUCUGCGAAUGAAGACAACAACUCUGGAGAAUGAACUAGAAGAUGAAAAGAAGGCUCAUGAAGCAGCUUUGGCCAAACACAAGGAGCUAGAAGAACAACUACAAAGGAUUGAGAGCUCAGCUGCUGAUAAUGACAUAAAGGCUAAGCAGGAGAGAGACUUGACAGCCGCUGCUGAAAAGCUAGCCGAGUGUCAGGAAACCAUAUUUCUUCUUGGCAAGCAGUUAAAAGCUCUGCAUCCUCAAACAGAGCCAAUGGAAUCUCCUUAUUCAAAGGCUGAAAACUUCACGGAGCGUGAACCUAAUAGCCCAAGUUUACAAGAUCAAGCAGAGAUGGACAGUGCUACUUCUACAUUUGUGCAAAGAUUGGAUGGAGAUUCCCCUUUACAUUUUAGCAACAGUUUAUAUAGUCCAUCAGAUAACGAGACAAUCUUUCCAGCCAUAUCUUCUGUACAGAAUCCAAACCAAAGGCCUACCAAGUCAUCCUCAUCAUCAGCUUCGUCCACUCCAACACCAGAAAAACACACCCGAGGUUUUAGAAGGUUCUUUUCUUCAAAAGGUAAAAACGGUCAUUGAGCAUGAAGCAUGCAUGACCGAUGGGAAUUCGUGAUUCAGGGAGCCACACAGCAACAAUGACAUUUGGAAAGCAUCAAGGUUCAAUCCCCUUCAUGAUUAGACAGAAUCGAGUUUUUGGGAGGUUUAUCUAGUUAAAACACAACAGAAUGCAAUGGUUAUUGGGUGGUUCUUGUAUUUAAUGGGUGUACAUGGUAAACAUAUGUUUUUCUUCUUUUCCUUUCCAUUGUUUUACUCCCUCUGUUCUGUAAUUUCAUUAGCAAACAUUGACAUAGCCUCUGAACUGUUACAGGAUAUGUUGAAUAUUGUUGUAUUUCAGAAAUU